UUUAAAGCUUACCCAUGACAUUCAGAGUUCUAUCUUCUCCACAAUGAAGGGGUUGCUAGUCCUGUUUGCUUUAGUGGUGGCUGCCUCCAGCAUGGAGGAUUUCGUGGGACAGCAAGUCCUCCGAGUCCUCCCUGCUGAUGAGGAACAAGUUAACUUGGUGCGAGAAUUGGAAAAUUUGGAACAUCUGAAGAUUGAUUUCUGGAGAGCGCCCACAACUUUCUUCUACCCCAUUGAUAUUCGUGUGCCAUUCGCCAGCUUGCAGGCUGUUAAGGUCUACCUGGAAUCUAACAACAUCCAAUACUCCAUCAUGAUCCAUGACCUGCAGAGUAUGCUGGAUGAGGAGCAGAGAGAUAUGAGAAUUGGACGUUCCAUGGAGAAUUCACGUUCCACUGCCUCCUUUAACUUUGCUGUUUACCAUACAUUUGAUGAGAUUAACAACUUUAUUGACAAUCUGGUGGCUGAAAACCCAGGCUUCGUGAGCAAAGUUGUCAUUGGCAAGAGCUAUGAAGGUCGCCCACUUAAUGUCCUGAAGUUCAGCACAGGAUCAAACCGCCCAGCUUUCUGGAUUGACACCGGCAUUCAUUCUCGUGAGUGGGUCACUCAGGCCAGUGGACUUUGGUUUGCAAAAAAGAUUGUUACCGAUUAUGGUCGUGAUGCAUCAUUGACUAACACCCUGAAUAAACUGGAUAUCUUUUUGGAAAUUGUGACAAACCCUGAUGGCUUCGUCUACACUCACACAAGGGACCGUAUGUGGCGUAAAACCAGAUCUCCAAACACUGGCUCAACCUGCGUUGGUACAGACCCCAACAGAAACUGGGAUGCUGGUUUUGGAGGUGGUGGAUCUAGCGCCAAUGCUUGCUCUGAGACCUACAGAGGACGUGCUGCCCACUCUGAGUCCGAGGUGAAAGCUAUUGUGGACUUUGUGAAAAGUCAUGGCAAAAUCAAGGGCUUUGUUUCUAUUCACAGUUAUUCCCAGAUGCUGCUCUACCCAUAUGGAUACACCACUGCCCGUGCAGCACACUAUGCAGAACUGGAUAGUGUGUCUAGAAGUGCAGUCAAUGCCUUGGCCUCACUCUAUGGUACACAGUAUACAUAUGGCAGCAUCAUCACCACCAUCUAUCAAGCCAGUGGUGGAACCGUUGACUGGACCUACAAUCAGGGUAUCAGGUAUUCCUUUACCUUUGAGCUUCGUGACACUGGCCGUUAUGGAUUCAUUCUUCCAGCUAGUCAGAUCGUUCCUACUGCAGAGGAGACAUGGCUGGCCCUCACUAAGCUCAUUGAGCACACUCGUGACAACCUCUACUAAACAAUUCACUUAUUUGUAUUAAUAAAGGUUAUUUACAUUCAACAUC